AUUUUUCAAAAAAAUAUCCGUUGGCACCUGCAUUAAUUGCUCCAACAGCCAUAUUUUUGAAAUUAUGGACGUUGGGAACCUCUUUUUCUAUAAAUUGGGACUCCCUCUCUUCACUUUUACACACACAAACACAAACUCCUUCAAUAUCUUUACAUAUUUCAUCUUCUCUACUCUAACCUUUUGAGAUUUCUUCACCAUGGGCAAAGACAAGAGCAUGGCUGCCACCUCCGGGAGAUCAAAGUCCAAAUCCCGGGCGCCUACGACAUCCUCCGAGGAACGCCUCUACUACGGCGAUGGGUCGUACCUCUGGUUCGAUUCCGAGGAGGAGCGCACCCGCUUUCUCACUUUCUUCUCUAAACGGGUUGUGGCUCCCCCACGGAUCGUCUCGGAGCGUUUCCUGGAGCUGCAGGGCUACGACGACCUCGACGCGCAGCUUCAUCAAGCCGGCCUUUGGCCAUUCGUCUCCCGGGCUCGGAAGGAGAUCAACCCGGUGCUGAUUCGGGUCUUCUACUCCAACCUCUGGCGUGAGGGCGACGUGCUCUACUCUCUUGACAAGAGCACGCCGAUAGAACUUUCCGUUGAGCAGCUUGGGCGCAUCGCCGGCCUCCCCUACCAAGGCGACGACGUCUCCCAAUAUGGAGGAGAGGACUGGGUGCUCAACAAUGAGGGCCUUAUCCUCACUGAGCUUGGCAUCACCGAGCUUAUCCGUCAUGCCUCGGGCCACUCCACCAUCCACUCCGCAAACCCCGAGAGCCGGCUUCUUCUCUACAUCGUGUCUCGAAUCAUCAAGCCCCGGAAGCAUGGGCACACGAUCAUGUCCGGUGACCACCACAGUUGGCCCACUCACGAAGGCCACGUCGGACUUGCCACUGCCGCGAUCAGCACCCAGACCUUCAAGAAGCGGUCGGACAACGUCGGACUUGCCACAGCCGCGCCACGGCUUCGUUCGGCUGCUGGCCCAGGCGAACCCAUGGAUGACGCCAUGAACGCGUACUUCCAACGCGUUAACUACGUCCCCCCACCAUACCAUGGCACGUUCUUUGGGCAAGUGUACGGUGACGAGGACGAAGAUGAUGCCUCCUACGCCCCGUUAAGCUCUCCAGACGAAGAUGAGUUCGACGAUGCCAUCGAUGGGGAUGAUAUGGACGACGACGACGACGAUGAAACCGGAGGCGAAGAGGAGGAAGACGAAGACUAGGCCGCCCCUAGCAUUUUCUAUCUCUUUUUAUUGUCAUUUUUUUACUCGCAUCCGUUGUACUCCAUUUUAAUAAAUAAAAGGUAUAUUU